GGUUCCGUUAACCCUGAGGUGAUAAAUGAGCUGUUUGAUGGAGUCCUGGAGGAGAGCGAGGAGAAAAGUGAUGAGGAGGAUGCAGAAGAAGAUGCUCUGAAUAUCUCCUCCAUGUCUCUCCUUGCUCCACUUGCAGAGACGGUAGCAGCUGUGGUCAAGAGCCCAGAAAGAAAGCCUAUGGUGAGCCCUGAGGAUACAUCGACUCCUGCCAGCUCAUUUAUUGAGAAGAGUUCCAACCCUGAGAGUGUAUCCAGGCCCAGUAAGUUCCAAAGGACACGCAUGUUACGAGCUGGAUCAUCUGACAGCAUCAAUGUCAUAGAUGAGCAGCAAAACCAGAACCUUCUCUACAGCAUUGAUGCCUACAGAUCCACAAGGGUUAAGACCGAGUCAGAGAGACCUCAUGUUAAACAGGUGAUCGUGAGGAAAGAGGAUGUGUCUCAGAGAAUGGAGACCAAUGGGAGCCCCAGUCACAUCAACAUCAAGCAGAAAAUGAAGAUGUUGACCAAUGAGAUGAACCUGCAGCAGACAGUGAUCCAUCAGGCUAGUCAGGCUCUCAACUGCUGCACAGAUGAAGAACAUGGGAAAGGAUCUCAAGUGGAGGCUGAGGCUGAGAGACUGCUGCUUAUUGCCACCGAAAGGAGGGCCGCUAUCACACCAAAAAGGUUUCUUGCUAUCUCUGUAAGUAGUCUGUUCGCUUAA